CAAAGGCUGCUGCUAAGUCUGCCAGGUAUUUCAGGCACCAACACUACCUGCAAUCUCUGCCUGUCGCAAGGACGUUCUUGUUCCUUCACCCCAAUCAAGAAACCUCGGAAGCGCAAGUACGAUCUUGAAGCUUUAAUUCAGGCAGAUGCUGAGAACACUUCGCUGUCUUCAACCCAUAGCAGCGGCCUCUAUAUCGACACGCUGCUUGUGGAUCGUCAGGCCUCUCGACACAUGCGAGAAUCUAUCAAUUCAGACCAGCUGACCACCAUCUCUGGGUUCAACCCGAACAUCUCCUUCUUCCCAGCCAAGCGAGUGAAAGCCAUCAAUGAGAGACUGGGUCAUAAUCGGCUGGACCAACUCCUCGAGGAGAUUCGCACCAUGGUUGCGACCAAGAUCAAGGCGGCGUGCAGUAUCCCGCAAUCGUAUAUCCAGCGGCGGCACUCGCUCAGCCAAAGACACGAGUUUCCUGACUGGGCAAGCAUUCAGGCUCAUAUCUCUGCGUAUUUCGAAGCUGUGCACCCGCUCUAUCCGUUCCUCUCCCCCGAUACAUUCCGCCAGAAAGCCGCGGCUGAGGAUUUGUCCCAGGCGCUGGCUACUGACCAGGCUUGGGCAGCAUUGUUCUACGCAGUCGUAGCUAUCGGAUGUCAGAAUAAUGAGGGGGGCAGCUUCGAUGUGGGUGUGGGGGAGGCCUGGCAAUAUUUUGAGCGAUCACUGUCGUAUUUUCCGGACUUGCUGUUUGGCCGCGGUUCGUUGACUUCAGUGCAGGCACUCAUGGCGAUGGCUAUCUUUUCCUCCACCGUGUCUGCCUUUCAAUUCGAGCCAUUGAUGUUGUCCGAGGCCAGCAUCAUGGCACAGGGACUGGGUUAUCAACGGUCAAACAGCGUGCAGGAGACGUCUCACCGUCGCACCUUCUGGGUCCUCUACUUUCUAGAGAAAACCUCAUGCUUUGGAACAUCGAGGAAUUCAGUCAUUGAUGAUGCCAACAUCAGCUGCGCCAUUCCAGAUGUGGCAGAGUCCGUGUUUGAUGAUUACGACUGGUUCUUCUGCUUCGUCAAGUACGGUCGUCUGGUCUCGAAGAUCCACCAUUCUCUCUUCAACAUCAGCGCCGUGAGUCAACCCUUGCAUCACUACAACUCGACGGUCAUCAGCCUGCGCUCCGAGCUCGAGACUUGGCGCCUCUCGAUUCCCUCGCGGUUCCGACCGGGCGAGGUUCCCAAACCGCGUCUAUUGCGUGAACCAUUGGCCCUGAAGAUAGCUCUGCUCACGCAUUAUCUGUACUUCAAUGCUCUCCUGACCAUCUCAUGGACGAUCCUCCAUGUGGGGACUGCGCGAGUGCCAGCGUCCCAGCAAGACAUCCUCAAACGGGAACUACUCCGCACGGCGAGAAGCGUCCUCGAGUUGACAGCCUUCAUCGACGUCGCGCCCUCAACUCCUGUCUGGCUCCUAGCUGUCCUCCCGCUGUCAGCUCUCAUGAUCCUCUUCGACCUCGUCGUCCACAAUCCCACCCACGCCGAAACCGGGCUGAGCCUGGCCCUCCUCGACAUGGCCGGCGGCCAUUUCAGUCGCAUCGAAUAUGCCAGCAAAGGCGCGCUUCCGGGCUCCUUGGUCGCCGAGUUCGCGCAUCUCGCUCGCCAGUACGUCUCGGACGUCCGGAGCGGCAAGUCCCGGUCGAGCCACGAGGCCGUCCGAGGCAGGGUGUCUGGCGAGAAAGUCCUGGCAUCCGCCAACGCGGAGGGGCCGCACCAGGGAUGCACUGAUACUCAGCUCGAGAGUGCAGUCAUGGAUGCCGGCUUGUCUCAGGGCAAUGGUCUCGAUGCCGCAGCGGCGAUGCAGCCUUGGAGUCCGGCUUCGUUUGACCCGAUCUUCUUUCCGUUCUUGGAUGAUCCCACCUACGCGCUGGACGAUAUGCGGUGGCUGGGGAUUGAUGUUAUGGGCUUGUUUGAUCAGUUGUAUUGAGCCGCGGGCGGUCAGG